AGGAUUAACGGGUUCGUGCGUCGUGCUGCAGCCUACAAUUAUGUUGUAAUAGAACAAGUACGAACCAUGAGAUGGCAUUCAAAGGCAAAGCGCUGGACUCGAAGACCGUGCUCUGCAAUCUGCUGCUGUGUCUGGUGAUAUUUUACUCUCUUUUCUACAUGAUUGGGAGUGUGUGCUUCGGUGCCUUCAGGUUGGAUCACUUUGAUGGAUUGAUUCCAUUCGACUUUAAGACCGAACCUACUGAAUCCAACUCCAAAUACUUGGUGAACCUCCUGUCCUUGGAGCUCACCUACUUUUGCAGCGGCCUGUUUUUUGCUGCAGUUGUGAGGAGGAGGGUGUGGGACUACGCCCUCACGGUCACACUUCUUCAUGUAAUGAUCACCAGUCUAGUUAUGUUGGAGUUUCCCAUGGUGUGGCAGUGGUGGCUGGCUUUAGGUAGCGGCUUGUUUCUGAUGAUAUGCAACGGUCAGCUGAUAGCUUACUUCACCUGCCAGAGUGACCAGAGCUACGCCUCCUUCAGCAUCUCCUGACAGACAGGAAGCCGCUCUGUGUAUGAACCGUUUCUUAAACAGUCUUGUGAAGUGAGGUAGAAAGGAUCAGACCAGAUGCUCUCAUCCUGGAGAAACAGUGAUGGGCUUUUUGUGUUCGUCACAAAAAAAAAAAAAAAGACAUUCCCUCACCAUCACACGUCAAGUCAGAACUGGGUCCAAUUUGUGUUUAAGUGUUUCCAACACACUGGCAUCCUUUGGUGUGAUGUAAGUGCCACAAGGAGACGUUCUCUGUAUAUUGCUUGUGAUGCACAAUGCCUCCGUUACUGUGCAGGAUUCUAAGACAGCCUGUGAAGUAUUUUCAGAACCUUUUGUGAGCUGCAAAUGUGAAGCACAACGGGAAAGUUGCAAUGUUUGCAGUAUAUUUUAAAGAUAAAUGUUCAGUGUUCAAAAAUAAAGCUGCUUCAGAUUGAGUGUUUAUUCUUCCAUUUUCUUACACAUUAAGGUAGCUAGGACUUGUGAAAUAGUGACCAGCCUAUUUCACAUUAUGAUGCUUAAAAUAACUUAUUACAUAUACUGUACUUUAGUGAGACAUCAACGAGACAUGCUGUGUUAGUGUAAGAAUCAUUUUGUUUAAGUGUUUAAAAAUAGACUUUGAUUUAAUAAUUUAUGACAUAAAAAAAAUAAAAUAUUUGAACCAACAUGCUCCCAGAGGAAUUGGUGUUGU